CCUUACAGAGGACGGCCUGAGGAAAGUUGUAAUGAAACUUUAUUAAGGUCUUGUAACUGUUAUCAAAAUGAGUGUCUUGGCAUCGAAGAUUUCGUUAAUAAAAGUUAACCCUAGAUUAACUCUUGCUAAAUUUUGCAGGCUGUUCAGUUCAACUCCAGCUUUCAGAGCUCAGGCUGAGGCUGCCCAACCACCACUGACACUCACAACAGAUUCCAACGGGAUACGCACAAUAUGCCUGAAUGAUUCUCGGAAAAGAAAUGCCUUAUCUCUGGCUAUGCUAGAGUCCCUGCUACAGGACCUAGACAGAGACCAGGAGGAACUACGUGUCGUCAUCAUCAAAGCCAGUGGUCCAGUCUUCAGUGCCGGACAUGACCUUAAGGAACUGACACAAGAGAAAGGUCUGGAGUUCCACGAGAAGGUGUUCUCUACCUGUUCAGAUGUCAUGAACUUAAUCCAGGAUUUACCUGUGCCAGUAAUUGCCCAAGUUCAAGGGCUAGCAACAGCUGCAGGCUGUCAGCUAGUGGCGUCAUGUGACAUAGCAGUGGCGUCACAGUCCUCCCAGUUUGCCACUCCAGGGGUCAACGUUGGAUUAUUUUGUACAACCCCUGGGGUCGCCUUAGGGAGGUCAGUGCCAAGAAAGGUUGCCAUGGAGAUGUUAUUCACUGGACACCCCAUUUCUGCUGGAGAUGCCCUACUGUACGGGUUGGUCAGCAAGGUGGUCCCAGAUUCACAAGUUGAACAAGAGACAAUGAGGAUCGCAGAAAGAAUUUGUGAAACUAGUAAAGAUGUUGUGGCGCUGGGUAAAGCAGCUUUUUAUGCUCAGGUUACCAUGGACAAGAAGAAUGCCUACAGAUAUUCUGAGAAAAUUAUGGUGAAAAACCUGAUGCUGCAAGAUGGUGGUGAAGGCAUCAGGGCUUUCAUUGAGAAGAGAAAACCAGAAUGGAAGAAAGGUUAAAGUUCACAGUUCAAGGUCGUGUGCACAGUGUGAGCUAAACAAACAGAACUUGGUUGUAAAUUUAAUGUUGAGCAUUUUUUUUUAUUGUAACCAAAGAGAAGUGCACAAUUAUAGUCAUUAACUUUAACAAUGAUUUAUGAUAUUGGCUAUAGUUAAUGCCAUUCAUUGUGAUGGGUUCUGCUAAUCAAGUAUGCUGCUACCACUUACAACAAAACCUUUUACAAUUGUACAGUCACUGCCAGUGGUGAUGGUUUAGCCAUUGUUGCAAGCCUUGUUAUUUUAUGUACAAGACACGUCAA